CCUUGCAUGUGCGCCCGGUGUAAAGCAGCUAGGUCCUAGGAUAGGUAGAUCAAUCGAUGAAGCUCCUUUGAAAUUGAAAGGAUUACAGUGACACAACUGCUGCUUUUUCCUGCUGAACGUGAGGAGAACGACAGCAGGGUUUUGCAAGAGCUGCGGAGGAGCCAAUAUUGGAGCUCCUGUUCGUCAUGGCUAUGGCGGCUGUUGUGAAAAGCUCCUCUGCAGGUAUUCUUGGACUGCAAGGCAGGCAGUCCUUCGAAUCCCAAGCAGCAAGGAGACCGACAUGCUCGCGAGUCCAUUCACUAUGGCAGCCUUCCAGCAACUCCAGAGUCGCUUGCCGCUUUGAGCUGUCAUCCACUGCGGCCUCCACCUUCUCUGGGGCCAAGAUUUCAGACCCAAGGCAAGCGGCCAUGAGGCGGUCUGAGCAGCGGUCAGUCGUCAGGAACGCAACGGAAGAGGGCGACAUUACGCCGGACAACUCAAGCGUUUUUGUCGCGGGCGGCGGCGGCGUGGGGAUGGACUUGGUGCGCCAGCUGUCAGCUGCGGGCGCCUGGGUGACGGCCCUCCAGCGGCACGAGAAGUUCCGGUCCGAGAUUGAGGGCCUCGGAGCCAUGCUCGCGGUCGGGGACCUGCUCAAGCCGGAGACAAUCGAUCGGGCCAUGCGAAACAAGGAGCUGGACGCGGUCAUCUCUACGGUUGGGGGGGGCAUCAAGGACAUCCACGUUGACUCGGAAGGGAACAUCAACUUGAUAAACGCUGCAAAGAAGGCCGGAAUCAAGAAAUUCAUCCUGGUGACGAGCAUAGGAACGGGUGACAGCUGGGAUGCCAUCCCCGAUAAGGAGAAGGAGGUCUUGGGGCCCGUGUUGAAGGAGAAGGAGAAAGCGGAGGAAGCGUUGAAAGCCAGCGGCCUCGUGUGGACGAUUAUUCGGCCCGGGGGGCUGAAAUCUGAGCCCGCAACUAAGAAGGGCUUCCUGACGGAAGACCGGAGCAUGGUCGGGGCCAUCCACCGGGCGGACGUUGCACAAUUGGUAAUGAAAGCCUUGUACGAUAAGCGCACCGAGUACAAGGUCCUGGCAGCCAUCGAUAGAGAACAGAUUUUUGGCAACCCCAAGGGAGAGGUAUCUGAGUUUGUCGUGGAGGAACUUGGUCAACACGAGUACAUCUGAGUUGCUUCUAGAUAAUUUGAGUGAAGACGGAGCCCAUGUCUGGAUAGGGUCGAACAUAUGAUCGAGCUCCAUUCAAUCCAAAUCUCGACGAUCUCUUUGUCAGGAUUCUCCCAUAUUCAGAAGGUAUCGCUGCUCUAAGCAUGAUGCUUAGAGCUCCUAAACAUUCGUGCAGAUUGUCAUGGCAUAAUCCACCAGAUAGUAGAGGAAAUGUGCAU